AUGGCUUGGAGUUCCCAUGGGAAAGCCCAGCUCGGGGGACUGCUCCUCUCUCUCCUUGGCUGGGUCUGCUCCUGCGUCACUACCAUCCUGCCCCAGUGGAAGACUCUCAACCUGGAACUGAACGAAAUGGAGACGUGGGUCACGGGGCUUUGGGAGGUCUGCGUGGACCAAGAAGAAGUGGCCACUGUGUGCAAGGCCUUUGAUUCCUUCUUGGCUCUGCCCCAGGAGCUCCGGGCGUCGCGUGUCCUCAUGGUAACCUCCCACGGGCUGGGACUAUUCGGGCUUCUGCUCUCUGGCUUUGGGGCCGAAUGCUUCCAGUGUUACAGGUUCAGGUGGAUAUUUAAGAGACGCCUUUGCCUCCUGGGAGGGACUCUGGAAGUAUCAGCUUCGGCCACUACCCUCUUUCCAGUCUCCUGGGUGGCCUACAGCACAAUCCAAGACUUCUGGGAUGACCGCAUCCCUGAGAUUGUGCCUCGGUGGGAGCUUGGAGAUGCCCUCUACCUGGGCUGGGCCGCUGGCGUUUUUCUGGCUCUUGGUGGGUUACUCUUCAUCUUCUCGGCCUGCCUGGGGAAAGAUGUGCCCUCUCCACGGAGGGCUGUUCCUACAACAGCCCCACCAUCCUGUGCUACAGCCGAGGAGUCAGACAGCUCGUUCUAA